UUCAAUGACUCAGUUGGUUGGCAGAUUGUGACAUUUUCCAAAUAAUAAUUUCUCCUCCACAAUUUAACAUCUCUAUGAGCUUCUGGGUUUCUUUAUAUAAUCUACACAGACCAUAAGCAAGAAAAAAAAGAAAAAAGAAAAAAGGAAAAGAAAUCCCUACAGAGAUGGAGCUGGCUUGGUUUCUUGCUUUCUGUCUCCUUGCAACAUCACUGGCUGAACUUCAAGAAUCUAAAUCUAGCAUACAGCUCAACUUGUAUCAUGUGCAUGGGCCUGGCUCCUCUCUAUCUCCCAAUUCUUCCAUUUCUCUCAGUGAUUUACUCUCCCGUGAUCAACAACGUGUCAAGUUUCUCAGAACCAGGCUACUGAACCGUGGGGUACAGAUUGGCUCCACCCCACAUAACAAAUCGGGCAAUCUCCUGGAACCAAACUCUGCCAGUGUCCCAUUGAGCCCUGGUCUGUCCAUUGGCUCUGGUAACUACUAUGUGAAGCUAGGUCUUGGUUCCCCUCCCAAAUACUACGCCAUGAUCUUCGACACAGGCAGCUCGCUCUCGUGGCUUCAGUGUCAGCCUUGUGUUGUUUACUGCCAUAGCCAAGUCGACCCUGUGUUCGAGCCCUCUGCGUCUAAGACCUACAAGAGAUUAUCGUGUAGAACCCCUGAGUGCUCUUCUCUCAAGGCUGCCACUUUGAAUGACCCCAUUUGUGCUGCUAGUGGUGCGUGUGUUUAUACAGCCAGCUAUGGUGAUGCAUCGUAUUCAAUGGGCUACUUGAGUCAAGAUCUUCUGACGUUAACGCCAUCGCAGAGCUUACCAUAUUUCACGUACGGCUGUGGGGAAGACAACGAGGGAUUGUUCGGAAGAGCUGCUGGUAUUGUCGGGCUAGCUCGUGACAAGCUAUCAAUGUUAGCUCAGUUGUCGACGAAGUUUGGUUACGCCUUCUCCUACUGCCUUCCGACCGCCACUUCUGGUUCUCCCGGUGGUGGUUUCUUGUCCAUUGGAAGCAUUCCUCCUUCGUCAUAUAAGUUCACUCCCAUGAUAAGAAAUCCCCAGAAUCCCAGCUUAUAUUUUCUGAGGAUAGCUGCAAUCACCGUCGGUGGUCGGCCUCUGGGUGUCGCCGCUGGUGGGUAUCAGGUUCCCACGAUAAUAGACUCUGGAACUGUUAUUACACGACUGCCAGUGUCCAUUUAUGCUCCAUUGAAGGAUGCUUUCGUGAAGAUCAUGGGGUCCAAGGGAUAUGAACAAGCUCCUGCGUAUUCAAUACUCGAUACAUGCUUCAAGGGAAGCUUGAAGAGCUUGGCGGCGACGCCGGAGAUUCAGAUGAUUUUUCAAGGAGGUGCAGGGCUUUCUCUUGGAGCUCAGAAUAUCUUGAUUGAAGCUGAUAAGGGGGUGACAUGUUUGGCUUUUGCAAGAACUAAUCAAAUUGCAAUUAUUGGAAAUCAUCAGCAACAAACAUAUAAUAUUGCCUAUGAUGUCUCCUCGUCGAGAAUUGGGUUUGCUCCUGGCGGCUGCCAUUGAUGAUCGGCUGCUAAUCCUCAUACCUUUGAAGAUUGAGAAGAUGUGGCUACAUGGCGCUCUCUUGAUUUAUUUUUAAUUUAUUGUUUUAAGAAAUAAUGUGAAAAUAUUGAAAAAAAUAAUAAUAUGAAUUAAAAAUAAAUGUGAAGAAUAAUUAAAAAAUAAGAAGUGAACAAAAUGUAUAUAAAUAAAUUCUUAGAAAAUGAAGAUUAUCUUUAAUGAGAAUUAUUCUUUUAAUUAA